AUGGAGUAUCUCCGUAGAACCAUGCAAGGUAUGGAUCUGAUAUCUAAUUUCAAAUACCACCCAAAGUGUAAUAAGUUGAAAAUCACAAACCUAUGUUUCGUUGAUGAUUUACUUCUCUUUGUUGGAGGAGAUGUGGAAUCUGUUAAGUUGAUGAUGAGCAAAUUCAGAGACUUCCCAACUGCAACAGGCCUUAAAGCAAGUAUUCCUAAAUGUAAAAUUAGGGUGGAUGAUAUAAUUAAGAUGGUUAUUCAGGUAGAGACUGGAUUUGAUAUUGGGAUUAUGCCUUUUAAAUACCUUGGAGUACCUUUGGGCAGUAGGAAGCUCUCUAUCACUAUAUCCCAACCUCUGAUAGACAAAAUAUUAGCAAGGCUGAACCAUUAG